AUGGAUGUGCACAAGGUAAACCUCUGUUUCAUAGUUUAUGCGUUGGUUAUUAUGUUAUAUGUUGCCUUUGCAGUAACAGGUAGAGAUAAUCUUGUGACGAAAGAUGUAACCCACUACUUCCCGGCUCCAUCAUAUACCGAUCCAUGGAAUCGACGCCCGACUCCAUUUUGCAAUCCUUGCCGCCAAGGUUGUUACCAUUGCACGUCCGUAACAAGCAGAGAUAAUCUUGUGACGAAAGAUGACACCGCCUUGCCGCCACCAACAUUCACCGAUCCAUGGAAUCAAGUCCCGACUCCAGUUUGCAAUCCUUGCCGCCCAUAUUAUUGCUACAAUUGCCAGUACGGUUGUUGUUCUCUUACCAAAGAUGCCGACAAGGAACAAAACAAACAUUAA